CCCAUGAACAUCACCGCGGACGACAUAUCUUGAAAUUGCGCCGCAGCCAUGGCCGUGAUAGAUGUGUCAUCGCAGAGGAGUGCUCUCCUGAACGACGCGAUCGUUCUGGAGCAUCUACCAACCGAAAUCCUAGAGGUUAUAAGAAAUCACACGGCCUCAAACCUCCUCGACGCCAUCGCAGAGGCUGCUCUCAUCCCCCAACUUACAGAUCGAAUUUUCAUCCACUUUGAGAAUGUCUUUCCCGACAUCUGCGCUCGUUGGCUCCUCAACCCCAGAAAUCAAACCAACAACGGACCCGUACUUGCUUCUCUUGCAAGGAUACUGUCAUUCGCACCGUAUUUAUCCGAGUUCAUACAACAUGUCAUGAGAGAGGACUUGACAAAGACGCCACCCCAGGGACUCCAGGCGCUGAACCUCCGAUUCCCCGACCUCACUACUUUCACUCCCGCUCAAGAUCCCGAACUCUUGCGGUUAUUGUUGGCGGCAUGGCGGCUGGUCUGUUUCGACCAGAGGACUUACGGUAUCCUGGUCUCGCCAACUCACAUGCAAGCUCUCUUCACGCAUGAGAGCCGCGCCGUCAGGUACUUGGCGAUCCGAAUAUUUAGCCAGCUUCUCCGCGCAGCCGACUCGAAACUGGAAGCUCUCAUCCACGAGCAUGUCGGGUCGAAGGAGGCCAUCCUCGCUGACUUUGAUGGGCGCGAAGUAGACUAUGGGUUUCUGAGUCUGUAUGAAGAUGCACGCGUCAAGAAGGUCGCGGCGCUGCGCCGUGAGCUUCGCACUGCCGCGUCCCAGAGCAAUCAAAUCCAUCCUGUCCCACCGCAAACUCUGACCCCCUUCGUUGCGUGCUACGGCAGAACAAUACUGCCGCGACCGUCCGGACCGGUCGAGAAGAACUCGUCCCUUGUGCAGACGUCCACUACCAUCCAAAACCUCGAGGCCCUGGCCGGUCUCCUGAAGAAUUCAAGUCCGAUUCUGCUGCACGGCCUUCCCGGCUCUGGAAAGACCUCGCUGGUCCACGAAGUUGCCAAGGAGUUCGGCAAGCAUUCCGAGAUGGUGACAUUACACAUCAAUGAGCAGACAGACGCCAAGAUGCUCAUCGGGCUCUACUCGACGGACUCGAAGCCGGGUACCUUCUCGUGGAGAGCCGGUGUUCUGACGACUGCCGUCAGAGAAGGCCGCUGGGUUCUCAUCGAAGACUUGGACAGAGCGCCGAACGAAGUCAUCAGCACGCUCUUGCCCCUGGUCGAGCGAGGCGAGCUUCUCAUCCCGAGCAGGGGUGAAAGGAUCAAGGCCGCCAACGGAUUCCGCCUUUUCGGCACUGUGAGAAGCUCCCGGGGCAUGCAUGGCAGGGAAACGCUUCCAAAUCUCCUCGGCAUGCGCUUCUGGCAGCUUCUUUCCGUGCAUACACCCACGGAGACCGAGUUACAGGACAUCAUCGUCGGGUCCUACCCCAUCCUCCACAAGUUCGCCCCGGGAAUCCUUGCUGUUUACCGGCGCUUGUCAAAGCCGACUUCCGGAAACAUGCCUUUCUCCUCCAGCCGUGGCAUGGCUGACCGCCAGACUAGUUUGCGGGAUCUCCUACGAUGGUGCAGACGCCUUAAGGCUACGCUUUCUGCAGCAGGAUGCAGCACCGGCGAGGAGCCCAUCACUGAUACUACCCGAAACUGGAUGUUCAUGGAGGCCGUCGACUGCUUUGUCGCGGGCAUUCCGGACGCGCAAGUCAAGCGACACCUAACCUUUGGCAUUGCCGAGGAGAUGCAUAUGGCGAAGGAGCUAGUAGAGUAUCACUUUGAUCAUUACGUCCCGCACCUCGAGCAAAGCGAUAGCCAGUUCAAGAUCGGCCGCACGGCCCUGCGCAAGCGAAAAGAGCGCGUGAACAAGGCUGCUCUCACCAAGAGGCCCUUUGCUAGUACCACGCAUGCCAAGAAAUUGCUGGAGCAGACGGCUGUUGCCGUGAACCUGGCCGAGCCCGUCCUGCUUGUUGGCGAGACCGGUAUCGGAAAGACGACGGUCGUCCAGCAGCUGGCGGACACCUUGGGCCACAAAUUGGUUGCCAUAAAUUUGUCCCAACAGAGUGAAGCCGGUGACCUGCUCGGUGGCUUCAAGCCCGUCAACGUCAGAAGCCUGGCUGUUCCCCUGAAGGAGGAGUUUGAAGACCUAUUCUCUGCAACCGGAAUCUCGACAACGAAGAACCAGAAGUACCUCGAGCAGCUCGGAAAGUGUUUCGCCAAGGGCCAGUGGGCGAAGGCUGUCAAGCUGUGGCGCGAAGCGCCCAAGAUGUUCAGGAAGAUUAUCGAGGAGUUGACACGGCGAGAGAGGGAGCAGAGCCAGGCGCGCGACGAGGCAGGCCAGCCGACGAAACGGCGCAAGACCGAAUCCAAGCUUCAGACCCUUCUUGAGCUCAGUCCCAGGUGGGAUCAGUUUUCCCGCAGCCUCGACCAGUUCGAGGUCCAGCUGUCCGGCGGCUCGACAGCGUUCGCCUUCUCGUUCGUCGAGGGCAACAUCAUCAAGGCCGCCCGAAACGGUGACUGGGUGCUCCUUGACGAGAUCAACCUUGCUUCGCCAGACACGCUGGAGAGCAUUGCAGACCUGUUGACGGGCCCCGUCGAGACUCCUUCCAUCCUGCUGUCUGAGACCGGCGAAAUCGAAAGGAUCAGAGCCCACCCGAACUUCCGCAUCUUUGGUGCCAUGAACCCGGCAACAGAUGUGGGCAAGCGCGACCUCCCCAUCGGCAUUCGAUCUCGGUUUACCGAAAUCUACGUCGACAGCCCGGACAAGGACAAGAACGACCUGAUCACCAUUGUCAAGACAUACCUGAAAAAUAGCAGCAUCAAAGAUGAAGCCGCAACGAGCGAUAUCGCGGCGCUGUAUAUGAACACCAAGAGCUACGCCGAGCGGAAGGAGAUUGUUGACGGGGCCAACGAGGUGCCGCAUUUCAGCCUUCGCACCCUGACCCGCGUCUUGACUUACGUGAGCUAUAUUGCUCCUUUCUAUGGCAUUCGCCGUUCUUUGUACGAGGGCUUCUCCAUGGGCUUUCUCACCCUUCUUGACAGAGAAUCAGAAAAGCUGAUCAUGCCAUUGAUUGAACACCAUUUGUUUGGGCGCAUCCCAAAUCCCCAGUCUCUCCUCUCGCAACCACCAAAACAGCCUGACGAUGGCAAGCAGUAUGUACGGUUCCGCAAUAAGGCAAAGGACCGCCAUUACUGGCUUGCCCAGGGAGAGGAGACCCCAAAGGAGCGAACAGACUACAUCAUCACACCCUAUGUGGAGCGGAACCUUCUUAACCUCGUCCGCGCCACAUCUACUCGUCGAUUCCCCAUUCUAAUUCAAGGGCCAACGUCAGCAGGAAAGACGAGUAUGAUUGAGUACCUGGCAAACUUCACUGGCAACAAGUUUGUGCGCAUCAACAACCACGAACACACCGAUCUGCAGGAAUAUCUGGGCACGUAUGUAUCGGACUCUACAGGAAGGCUUCGUUUCCAAGAGGGGUUGCUCGUGCAAGCCAUGCGCCAAGGCCACUGGAUCGUUCUUGAUGAGCUGAACCUUGCUCCGACCGAUGUGCUCGAAGCAUUGAACCGACUCCUUGACGACAACCGAGAGCUUCUGAUUCCAGAGACGCAAGAGGUUGUGAGACCGCACGAAAACUUCAUGCUGUUCGCGACCCAGAACCCCCCCGGUUUGUACGGCGGCCGAAAGGUGCUUUCGCGUGCGUUUCGCAACCGUUUCUUGGAGCUGCACUUUGACGACAUCCCUGAAGACGAACUGGAGUACAUCCUGCAGAACAGAAGCGUCAACACCGCGCCCUCGGACUGCAAGCGGAUCGUGACGGUGUACAAGGAGCUCUCCCGCCUCCGCCAAACAAGUCGACUGUUCGAGCAGAAAGACAGUUUCGCCACGCUUCGCGAUCUGUUCCGAUGGGCUUUGCGAGAGGCAGACACUCGCGAACAGAUUGCCGUCAACGGAUUCAUGCUCCUUGCGGAGCGUGUACGAGUUGAGGAGGAACGCACCGCUGUUAGAGAGGUCAUUGAGAGUGUCUUCAAGGUUAAGAUCGACCCGGAAGUUCUCUACACCGCCAAGUCAUCCCCGGUUUUGAGCAAGCUUCAGGGAAUGCCCAACAACCAUGGUGUGGUGUGGACCCGAGCCAUGCGUCGUCUCUAUGUUUUGGUUCACGCUGCCAUCCGCAAUAACGAACCUGUCCUUCUUGUGGGCGAGACUGGAUGCGGCAAAACCACCGUCUGUCAGAUCUUGGGAGAUGUCCUCGAAAAGGAACUGCACAUUGUCAACGCCCACCAGAAUACCGAAACUGGCGAUCUUAUCGGUUCUCAGAGGCCGGUGAGAAACCGCGGGGCGAUUGCAGAAACGCUGAAGACCGAUUUGGCUGCCCUCCUUGGGACCCUUGGCGAAGAUUCAACGGGCUCAUUGGACGACCUGCUGCAAAGAUACCACGCCCUUCCGGCAGAGACGCUGACCAAAGUCGACAUCACCACGCAGGAAAAGAUGGCACUUCUGGAGGCCAAGAGCAAGGCCUUGUUUGAGUGGUCGGACGGAAGUCUCGUCCACGCUAUGAAGGCCGGCCAAUUCUUCCUGCUCGACGAAAUCUCCCUUGCCGACGACUCUGUGUUGGAACGUCUCAACUCAGUCCUUGAGCCUCAGAGAUCUCUCCUCCUCGCAGAGAAGGGUAUCGAUAACUCGUUUGUCACCGCAGCAGAUGGAUUCCAGUUCUUCGCCACCAUGAACCCAGGCGGCGACUUUGGCAAAAAGGAGCUGUCUCCGGCGUUGAGAAACCGUUUUACCGAGAUCUGGGUUCCGGCCAUGUCCGAGAUGGACGACAUGCUUGACAUUGUCCUCUCGAAACUUGACCCAGCCUUCAAGUCCUACGGCAAGCCUGUGGUGCAAUUCGCCCAUUGGUUUGGACAGGUUUUCAGGUCGUCUUCUUCUACGGCCUUCUCGAUUCGUGAUAUCCUAAUCUGGGUCAGCUUUAUCAAUCUCUGCGGACCCGCAUCACCCCAGUUCGCCGUGGUUCAUGGUGCAGCGACCGUCUUCAUCGACAGCUUGGGCGCCAACCCUUCGGCUUUACUGGCCAUGGACCCCAAAGCGCUCGAUUCACAGAGGCAGAAGUGUCUCGACAGGCUUAGCGAGCUCCUUGGGUAUGAUACUGCGGCCAUUUACCGGGCACAGCCCGAGGUCACCUUGACUGAAGACAGACUUUCCAUCGGCGAGUUCGGUCUGCCCCGAGCAGCAGCCCGCUCGACGGACCCCAGCUUCGCGUUCAACGCCCCGACCACAAGACUCAACGCUAUGCGAGUGAUGCGCUCUCUUCAAAUGCGAAAGCCCAUUUUGCUGGAGGGAAGUCCUGGUGUUGGCAAAACCACCCUUGUUGCCGCUCUGGCUCGCGUAUGCGGCCGACCCCUGACUCGAAUCAACUUAUCGGACCAGACUGAUCUGAUGGAUUUGUUCGGUACGGAUAUGCCCGUCGAGGGCGCCGAGGCUGGCAACUUUGCCUGGCGCGAUGCUCCCUUCCUUCAGGCCAUGCAAAACGGCGAGUGGGUGUUGCUCGAUGAGAUGAACCUGGCUUCCCAGUCGGUGCUCGAAGGUCUCAAUGCCUGUCUUGAUCAUCGCGGUGAGGUUUACAUCUCCGAGCUGGACCAGGUAUUCAAGAGACAUCCGGAUUUCAGACUAUUUGCCGCGCAGAACCCCCAUCACCAGGGAGGUGGCCGAAAGGGUCUCCCCAGCUCCUUUGUGAACAGAUUCAUCGUCGUUUACGCCGACGUCUUCACGGCGGAGGACCUUCUCCUCAUUGCGCAGCAUAACUUCCCAAACAUCCCCACCGAUAUUGUCAGCGGCGUCAUCCAGUUUAUCUCUCUCCUGGAUCACCAGGUUGCGAUUGAGAAGGCUUUUGGCUCCCACGGGAGCCCCUGGGAGUUCAAUCUGAGAGACAUCCUACGAUGGUUGCAUCUGUUGGCGACAAAGGAUCCUCUGCUGGCCACUGGAAAGCCCGACGACUUCCUCGACCUCAUUAUUCGCCAACGUUUCCGAUCUGCUACGGACCGCGAGGAAGUAAACAAGCUCUUUACCCAGGUCUUUUCGAGGGCUCCGGAAAGCCACAGCUUGUAUCAUGAUACCAACGCGGCUUUCUCUCAAGUCGGCAUCGCGCUGCUUCCCAGAAACCUGACAUCGCAGCCAUUGGCCCUUCCUGGCAUCGACAUUGUGCCUCGACUUCCGGAAAUCGAGUCACUCAUGAUCUGCAUCAAGCAAGACAUCCCGUGCAUCCUCAGUGGCCCGUCUGGCAGCGGAAAGUCGGUACUCCUUGAGCACGUCGCUGCUCUCGUUGGCAAGCCUCUUGUUGUCUUCCCUCUCAACGCAGACAUCGAUACGAUGGACUUGGUCGGUGGCUUUGAGCAGUCGGAUCCUUUCCGCGAGGUGAAUGCCUCUUUAAGGGAGCUCUAUGAGGGCCUCCAGACUACAAUUUUGACCCGAGUGCCCAGCCAAGUUCCCCCACAGGCACUUACCUUAUUGUAUCUCCUGGAGACGUAUCGUGGGGACACUAAUGGCCUGCCGGCCAUCACGGCCGCAGUCGAAGAAGUUCUGUCUGAAAUUUCGAGAGAGUCUGAGAUUGGUGCCCUCCUUUCCAAUGCCCACGCUGCCUUGCAAAAGCCGUUGACUGUCAGCAACCCCCGCUUCGAGUGGCUCGACGGAGUCAUCGUGAAAGCUCUCGAGACUGGUCAAUGGCUGGUCUUGGACAACGCCAACCUGUGCAAUGCUUCCGUUUUAGACAGGCUCAACUCUCUGCUGGAGCCCAACGGCUUUUUGAGCAUCAAUGAACACUGCGGUCCUAAUGGAGAGCCCAGAAUCAUCAGGCCUCAUCCGGAGUUUCGAAUCUUCUUGACAGUUGACCCGCGCUACGGGGAGCUGUCGCGAGCUAUGAGAAACAGAGCUGCCGAGAUUCAUCUCAGCGAGUGGCAGCCACAGGGUCUCGAAGGAUUCACCUCGAGCGUCUACGUGGAAAGCAGCCUCCAGAGAUUCUCUUUGUCCACAAAGAUCUCCACCUUAGUCUUGAGCGAGAACGACUCCUCGGACGUGAGCAGCGCAACGGUCGUGAACCUGUCGCUUCGCGACACCGGCCUCAUGGAAAGAUUUUCUCAAUCCCUUCAUCGCGGCUUGACUGACCUCAAUCCGUCUGGACUUGAGAGGUACCAAGGGAGCCUCAACGAGCACCUUAGGUUCCUGGAUGCAGCAGAGACGGCCGGUCUUCGCCAGUCUAUUUCGCAACUAUACGCCGCUCUCCCUGGGGCCAGCUCGGGUCUCGGCGACGCUCAGCCCCUGAACCCGCUUCACAACGCUUCUAUGGUGCGCGUUCUGCGCCAGAGCAAGAACGAGUUACCUUUCUGGCUUUCAGCCUCCUACGAGUUCCUCUUGGAGACUCAGCGAUGCCAAGCUGCGAUUACCACACAGGCCAACAAGGCAAAGGCAACAAAGCUCGCCUCGUUGAAUCGCCUCCAACGAUCUAUCGUCUCAGACCGCGUUGCACCUGUCGCGAAGGACUCCACAGUCAGAGUGUCAAAGUUUCUUUCGAGGACUCUUCAAGUCAUCAGAACCUUCAUCCAAGGCAAUCUCACAACUUGCCAAGGCUGGAAAGAGCGCGCUCGCGUGAUUCGGAAAAUGCUGGACUUCUGGUGGCGAACCCUCAGCCUUACCACCGAAGACCAUUUUGAGGAAGCACGAUUCCAAGCGCAUCUUGUGCAUGGUGUUGAGUCUGCUCAGGCACUCCUUUCGCCUACCACGGAAGCCAUCAACAAGCAGCUCGCCGAUCGUUACCUUCAGACUGUAGAAGAAGACUUCACAACCGGAUUCCGUCUGACAACUGGUUUGAGCAUGGAGAUCAUGUGGAAGCAAAUCAAGCCGCUCCCUAUCAGGAACGAAGAAGCUCUCUCCAAGAGCCAAGAGAUCGAGCAGCUCGGCAAGCGUCUUGACGAGCUCAAGUGGAAGGUCAAGGCAUCCAUUGCCGAUCUAGCUAGAGCCAUGACAACUCUCGUCAAGGCCGAUGGGAUUGUACGAACCACCGACUUCGACGUCACCGAGCUCAUCCAAGAUCUUACCAAGGAGAUCGAGCUUUUGGAAUCCAAUAUUGGCUCGGAGUCCAGCGAGGUCAGACCGUUCUUCGCAGCAGCGUUCGAGACUUUGAGACAGGCUUCCGUGUUAAGAUCCCAGGCCAUCGAGUAUUUCGAGGGCUUGCCAUACAGCGCCAACGAGACGGACCUUUUGGUUUUGUCGAACCAGCAAACUAUUGACCAGAUUCGCCUCGGCAGCUUCGGAGCUAAGGAGGCUCGUUCCUUGACCAUCGGCCUGCUUGCUUCUCAGGACCCUGCUACUCAUGUCUGGAACGGCAAGUUCGCCACGUCUCUGCUAUCAAGACUCAACUCUCUUCACGCGACAAGUCUGCGCUCACUCGGACUCCUUGAGACCGAACUGCCUGCCCUGGGUCGAUCCGUCGCGGCGCUGGCGCCGGCGUUCCAGAAGAACCACGUCGUUGCCCUCAAUGCAGUUCUCAAGAAGCUUGUCACAACUGCGUUUGCAGUCCACGGCAGUGAGCAAGAGGAUAUCGUCCGUGCAAUCUAUGACAGGGUUAUUCACGAGUUUGAAGGCACCGAGGUCGCGCCUCUGCAGAUACAGCAGCUGGCCGCCCAGUUUGAGGGCAGCAUUCCUAGCGUUUGGCCUGUCCAUCUGUCCCAGAUCGCCAAGCAGCACUUGCUUCCAGCUACGGUUGCCCUUGCUGUGUCCGAUAAGAUUGAGCGCAACAGUCACGCAAACAACGAAGCAGCCAGCGCCCGCGCUGUCGCUGCUUGCUCUGCAGUCGCAUGGGUCGAAUUCUCGAUCGGCGCGAUCAAGCUUUACGUGCCGGACAAAUCUUUCGAUCCUCAAUUGCGGCCGCAAUUCGAAAAGGACGUCCAUGACGAACUGACGAAGGGACUGGAACACAAACUCUCAUCACUUUUGGACUUUGAGACUCGCUUCACCGGCCAGACCAAGUCCCUUCGCAUACAACUUGUGCAAGAAGAUAUCGAAGGACUCGGUCCUGCGCCGGCACCGACGCAGCUGCUUUACAGACCCGCUCGAUCAGAACUCGCCAAUGUUCAGACAUCUUUCAACAACGUCCUGGCCACCAUCAUUGGACAAGAGCUGUCAGCCCAUCACACAGCAUUUGCCUUGUCAGGCUCUACCGAUGCCGCGCAGGUGAUCAACCUCGUCAAGCAGAACUUGACUCACAUGGUUGACCGCUUGGCAAACCGUGACCACCGGGCGAACCAUCUUGAUGCCUACCAAGACAUGACACGGCCUCUCGUCAACCUCAUUGGCUGUCUUCAGCUUGGUCUGUCGCUGAGCGAUGGACUGGAGUCCAUCGAACACCACGUUGCGGACCGGACUCUCAUGGACCUAACACCCUUCGUUGGUGGCAAUCCCGAACACCAUGUCCUCAAGAAGUUCCCGAACAGGAGUUUGGAGUUCCUCGACUACGCUGGACUGGUCGCAUCUGUCGAAGGGCUGACAAACUUGAACGCCAGCGUCCGCGAAGCAUUGUUCGAGUGCGUCCACAGGUUCUUCCAAGAAUGGACCAAGAGGCUCGAGGAGGAUCGCAAAGCCGAAGAGGCCCGAACAAAUCUCUACCGUUUCAAGGGCAGCUUCGAAGACGAGGAAGAGAUGGACGAGCAAGAGUUUAACGAACUCUUCCCCACGUACGACGAGGAACAGGAAGAGAAGCCCGCCAUCGGACGUCAGAAGGUUCGUGACGUGUCGGUUAGGUUGGCGGAGUCGCAUCGCAAGGUCUUCCUGGAACACCCGACCCCAUCUGAGGCACUCAAGGAGGUUUGCAAGAAAGUCGGCAAUGGAAUCGCACAGGAGCUCGCGCAUAAGUCUGCGGUUCACCAGGGUGUGAACAUCAGAGUGCUCCCCCUUGCGCUUUGGUCAGUCGAUGAACAGAUGACGACGCUCAACGCGAACAUCGUCGGCACCACCUAUAACUUCUACACCGAAUCGAACCUUCCUGAGGUUCGCCGUCUGAUUCAGCUCGUUGACAAGGUGGAGGCUCGCUUCCGUGACUUGCAACAAGUGGACGAGAUCGGCCACAUGCAGCCUUUGGCAGAUGUGCGAGCCGCUUGCGAGCAGCUCCUCGACCUCACUCACACCGAGCCCCUAGCCAAGAUUCUGCCCAAGCUGGAGCAUCUCCACGGCAUCGUCUACGAGUGGCAGCACGGAGGCUACGCCCCGGCCAUCUAUGGAGCGCCUGCUCUUUACACCUCUUUGACAGACACCAUCAUCAACUGGCGACGCCUGGAGCUGUCGACCUGGGCCAAGCUGUUCGACAUGGAGACUCAGAAAUGCUCGGAAGAUGCUGACUCGUGGUUCUUCAUCGCUUACCAAAUACUUAUCGCCGUGCCUCUGUCCCUCGUGGACUCCAACGAGCUGAAGGACUACGCUGUGAAUCUGGUGAGGGAGCUCGAGACAUAUUUCUCCACUGCAAUCAUCGGGCAAUUCUCUGCACGCCUCAGACUGUUGAGACAGUUGCAGAAGCACCUGCAGCUGCUCACCGUCGACUACCCCUCUUUGACUGUCGUCUCCGACGCAGCAAUAAACUUCAUCGACUUCCACUCCCGCUUCGAGAAGGUUGCCAAGGAGGCAAUUGCCAAGGGAAGAGCGCCGUUCGAGAAGACGAUGAAGGAGGUUGUCCUGCUGGCCAGCUGGAAGGAUACCAACAUCAAUGCUUUGCGUGAGAGCGCUCGCAAGUCUCAUUUGAAACUGUUCAGACUUGUUCGGAAGUUCCGCGCCGUCCUUGGUCAGCCGAUGAAGCCCAUACUGGAGCAAGGCAUCCCCGACGAAGAGGUUCCCAUCACUCAGAGUUCUGAUACUCAAGGCAAGGCCGAUCUCAAGGUGGACCCCACGGCCAUCUCGGCCUGCAACAAGGGCUUGCCUAGCUGGUUGGCUCAGCACAAGCGUCUGUCAAACUCCUCAAAGACGCUUGUCAUAAUGGCCAACGUUGCUUCCAAGUUAGACCAGAGCUCUCUCAAUGCUACGCAGGAGAUUCUCUCGUAUGUCGAAGAGGUCAACACUUCCAUUGCGGAAUUGCGCAAGGAGACUCCUGGCACCUUGACCGAUGAGAACAAGGACCAAGUCAAGCACCUCAAGAUGCGCAAGCGCAAGCUCUUUGCGGACGUUCUGAAGAUGAUGAGGCAGAUGGGCUUCCGUUACAACCUUGGAACCGAGGAGCUGGCCAAGCAAGAAUCCCUUGCGGUCGUCCUGGCAGGCAUGCCUGCCUCUCACGUCGAGAACAGCAUCAACGACGCCGCCGAGUACUACUUCCACAAGGUAGUUGACAUCGCGCCCAAGGUGAGAGCCUCCAUCCACGAAUACUCGGAGGAACUCACCGGUGCCGAGAUGUCUCGAAGCACCGGUUUUAUGGAGGGCAUGUUGGCUGUCAUCCUGGGCCAGCACAGCUCUCUGUCUGCCGCUCGUGAUGCCAUCGCCUCUCUUGACCGAGUCAUUGCCUCAGUCCAGAGCUUGAGCGGUACAGCUGUCGGGCGCAACACGAACGGCAUCCGGCCGAGCGUCACCGUAAAUUGGAUGAAACCAAUCCUGGACUUUGGAAUCAAGAUUGUGGAAAUCCACGGCAAGCUGGCUUCUGUCAACAACCAACCCGUGUUGAGCCACCUGCAGAACACCUUGCAGGAAGCCGAUGCUUUGUCAAAGGAAUGGUCCUCUUUGGCUUCGAUCCCCGACAAGUUCAAAACCAAAGAGCACGAAGCCCUGCGGAAGCGCUCGUUGCUUGCAGAGGAGAACUUCAAGACUCUGCUCCCUGGUCUUGGCCGCUCGGAUCUAGACUUCGUCCUGAAGCAGAUUACAAGCUGGUUCAGCGUCGAGAUCGCUCAGGGAGAUGACGAGUCUCACGGCUCUGACAGUACCGCCCAGAAGUUCAAGAACUCGAUCUCCAGUCUUUGCGACACUGUGCUUGUCGCGGUCCAAGAGUACAAGAAGGCUAUGGCUGACCUGCCGAGCUCAGCUGAAGAUUCCGGCUGGCUCGCAAAGACCUCUGCCGUCCGCAGCUCCGGUCUCGGCGCACUCUAUAUCAACGCGAUCGUGAGCAAGGUCGAGGCGUGUCUCUCCGCCUUGGAGAGUGUUGACCUGGAAAAGUCCAACAUGGGCACAGUCACUUCAGCCCUCUUCUCCAUUGUUCUUCCUAUACUCCAGCAAUAUGCUCUCAUCUGCCGCCAAAGCUUCUCUCAGCUCCAUAGUUUGCAUGCUGCAACCGGCCACAUGGCUUACCAUCUGGCGCGAACUUUCGUCCAGCUUGCUGCCAAGGGCUUCUGCUCCCCACAAGAGAAGCAGGGCGAGGAGUCUGGAGAAUCCGGCAAACUUGAGUCCGGAACCGGCCUGGGUGAUGGCGAUGGAGCGGAGGAUAUCAGCAAAGAUAUCCAGCCUGAUGAGGACCUGUCUGAACUUGCCCAGGAGCCGAAUAAAGAAAAAGACGGCGAGAUGGAAGACGAGAAAGAUGCUGUCGACAUGGCGGACGAGGAGCUCGAGGGAGAGAUGGGGAGCGUGGGUGGUGAAGAAGACGAGGAAGAGAAGUCGGACGGAGAAGGCGAAGAUGGCAAGGAGGAGAACGAGAUGGACGAAGAAGUCGGCGAUGUCGACGACCUCGAUCCCACCGCCGUUGACGAAAAGAUGUGGGAUGGAGACAACGAAGAGGCAGAAAAGGAUCAGCAGGGCGACAAGGCCAAGGGGCAGAAGAAGGAUGAGCAGAUGGCCGCUGAUGCUGACGCCAACGCCGAAGACAACAAGGCAGAGGAUGAUGAUGAGCAGCAGGUCGAUCAAGAAGACGAGGAAAUGGAGGAGGAAGAGCCCGGCCCGGAGCAAGAAGACGCGAAGUUCGAGGAUGACCAAGUUAAGCAAGAUCAGAAUGUGGACGAGAAUGACGCCCUGGCGAUGCCAGAGGAGAUGGACUUUAACUUUGACGAGGAGGGAGAGGACGUGGAUUCCGAGGACGACGAGCUGGACAAACUGUCAGACAUCGAAAAGGAAGAACCUCAACAGCAGCAAGAGUCCGACGUAGAGGAUGGAGAGGAUGAGACGCAGCGACCCGACGAGAAGGGCCCCGAAGAAGACGAGGAGGAAGAAAAAGAGGAGGAGUCUCCUGAGGAGGAUGUUGCGGGCGAGCCCGAGGUCGACUUGGAGCCCAAGGCAGAGGAGGAAGAACAGCCCAAUCAGCCCGAGGAGCCGGACAACCGCGUGGAACCCCCCCGGGACGAUGCCAACGCCGACGCGAACGCUGCGCCGAGCGAUGUCAAGGGUGGCGGCCAAGAUCAAGACGCCGAGGAUAUGGACGCUGAGAACGACUUCAACACCAACGCCGCACAGAGAGAUGACGGAGACGCGGGUGAUGGGUCGGCGGAGCAGCAAACCAGCGCCGGGAAGAAGGGCCAACUUUCGCGAUCCGACGACCAAGCGCAACCCACCGACCAGGACCAUGAUGACGUGCCUGAGAACAGCAGACAGGAUCCCUUCAAGAAGCUUGGUGAUGCCCUCGAGCGUUGGCACCGCCAGCAAAACGACAUCAAGGACCCCGAGAAGCAGCAGGACGAGGGAGAGCAGAAGCAGUCCCAGGACGUCGAUGCGGAACUCGGUGCCCGUGAGUUCCAGCACCUCCAGGACGACGAGACUGCAGCCGAUGCCCAGGCGAUGGGCAAUGCCUCCGAAGACCAGGUGCAGCCUAUUGACGAGUCGAUGGCCAUCGACGAAGAGAAAGAAGAUCCCCAGAGCCGCGUCAUGCCUGACGACGAGGAUGUGGAAAUGGGCCAGGAUCCCGACACGAUGGACACCACCGAGGCCCCUGACGCCCAGGAGAAGGACACCAGCGCCGACAAGGACGACGGCCGGUCGGGUGUCAAGACACGCCAGGGCGCCUUCGACCGCGAAGUCUCGCCCUCGGAGGACGAGGUCCAACGAGCCGAAGAUGAGUCGGACGAGGAGGAGCAGGUCAUUGAGGAAACCUCUACACAGCUCUCUACGACGCACAUCAGCGACGACCAGCUGCCCCUCCGCGACUUCUCCGAGUCUCUGCAGUCCUGGACGGCGUUCCAGUCUAAGACGCACCCGCUCUCCCUCUCCCUCACCUCCCAGCUCCGCCUCAUCCUCACCCCCUCCCAGUCCACCAAGCUCUCGGGCUCCUACCGCACGGGCAAGCGCCUCAACAUCAAGAAGAUCAUCCCCUACAUCGCCUCGAGCUACAAGCGCGACAAGAUCUGGAUGCGGCGCGCCAUCCCCACGAAGCGCAGCUACCAGAUCCUCCUCUGCGUAGACGACUCCCGCAGUAUGGGCGAGUCGAGCUCCGGCACGCUCGCCCUCGAGUCCCUCGUCAUGGUCUCGCGCGCGCUGACGAUGCUGGAGGUCGGCCAGGUGGGCGUCCUCGGCUUCGGCGCCGACACAUUCAUGGCGCACGACUUUGCCGAGCCGUUCGCCUCCCACGACGCCGGGGCCAAGGUCCUGCAGCACUUCAACUUCCAGCAGGACCGCACCGACAUGGCGCUGCUGGUGCGCCGCACCAUCGACCACUUCCGCGCCGCGCGCCUGCAGAACCCGGCCCGCGGCGCCGAGGACCUGUGGCAGCUCGCCCUGAUCCUCUCGGACGGCCUGACCCCAUCGUCGCAGCACGGGCCCAUCCGCCGCCUGCUCCGCGAGGCCAUGGAGGAGCGCAUCAUGGUCGUCUUCAUCGUCAUGGACGACACGGGCAACAAGAAGGGCGACAGCGUGCUGGACCUCAAGGAGGCCAAGUUCGUCAAGGACGAGACCGGCAACAGCCGCGUCGUCAUCGAGAGGUACCUCGACACCUUCCCCUUCCAGUACUACCUCAUCGUGCACAACCUCGAGGACCUGCCCACUGCCCUGGCCGGCUUGCUGAGGACAUGGUUCGCUGAGGUCAACUCAUAAAGAGCGAGACGGAACAACGGCGCAAGAGUUUGACGGAGCGAGAAAGAAAGAAGAGGGGGGGGGGGGUUCAUGAGGGUUUGUUUGGUUUUCAUAGAGGCAAAAAAACUCAUUAUCGUUAGUUGUUUCUGUGCAGGACUGGAGUUUGCGGAUCGAUGCGUGCAUGUAAUUAAUUCAAGAACAAAAUUAGAGGGGGGCGUUGAAAAGUGGAAAAUUAUAGAUUUGAACCUAAAGGAAACUUCCUUUUGUUUUCUUAGAAAAA